UAUGGUCCGUCUACGACCCAAUCAGGGCCCGCGUGCAGACGGGCGCAGAUGACCAGAUGUGCGUCGGACGAAAAACAGCAUGUUAUGCCAGCGACAGCUUUACUUUCGCCUCAAAAUUGUACUUUGGCAUAGCAGUGCGUAGCAGGGAGCCAAAACCUAAGAAAAUGAACAGGUGAUAUAAUGCAGAAGGGUGCCAAGACAUAUACGGAAGCGAAGUAUGAAAGCUCCGAGUUAUCCAGAAGACUCUAUCGGAGUGCCUCAGAAGCAGCUCGACGCUUGGAGGAGUGGCUUCGGGGUGCCUCCUCAUUUGGAGCCUACCUGGCUCCAGAGGUGACGCAUCUCAGGGCAAGGCUCAAGGACUACUGUGAGCGCCUCCUGUUCACUGCUCCACUCGAGUAUGGUCGUCAGGCAGAGGAACUUACCUGGCGCAAGGUUUACUACGAUGUUGUGCAGCACUACAAGGCUACAAAGGCUUCUGCAGAGGAGGAGAGUGUGGUUGAGUUGCGGGCACACUUGCUCUCUGGCUGGGGCCACUACCACCACCUGUUGCUUCGGCUUCAGGCCGAAGCGCAACUCAACCUGGAGACAAAUGUCGACAUGCCACUAAUCUGGGAGUACCAAGGCCUGAACAGGGGGACUCGCUGGUCCCAGAAACGUCCAACCGAAGAUGGAUCCUGUCCACUACCAGAGGAGAACCAGCCAUGGGCUAGACAGGCUGCCCAUCGGUUUCUUAUCGCAUUAGGUGAUCUAGCACGCUACCUGAGUGAGCUCGAGGACCGUGAGCAUGGUCACUGGGCUGCGUUGUCUGCCCGCUACUACUGGCAGGCCCUGUCUCUGGACCCUGGGUCCGGCAUGCCCCACAACCAGCUGGGCACCCUGGCCGCUGGCGACACUUGCAAGGCUGCCUACCACUUCCUGAGAUGCUUGCAGAGCGGCCAGCCAUUUGAAGGGGCUCAAGGGAACCUUUUGCGCCUGCUAGACAAGAACAGCAGCCAGCCUGCUCUCCUGGGACAGCUGAGAGACAGGUGCAAACCAUCAGCAGUCUUUACAUGCAGCUACCUGAGGUUGUGCGAACAGUUCUACACAUCCAGUGACACCAGUGGCCUGCAGAGCUUGUGUGAGGAGUGCUUGUCGCAACUGGUGGCUGUCUUGGAGCAGCCCGAGGCAGAGGCAGAGUUGGUCUUCCAAGCAGCUGUCAUGGCCAUUAUCUGCACUGACAAGCUGCACAAGUCAGGGCCCCAUCCUUUGAGCAGCGCUGCGGCUGCCUUCACCCUGAACAUGUUCUCCCAUGUGACUGCAACCUGUUCCCACCUUGUGUCUCAGUGCUCCCUCACAGGACCUGAGAGACAGAAACACAGCAUCAUCCACCGAAACGAUGUGCCUGCAGUUCCAAAACUACUGGCUGAACCCACCUUGCCACGAGACGGCACUUUUGUUGCCACCACCAAUGGCUGGCUCCCAGGUACUGAAGUGGAAGAAGAGUCUUCAACUAGCUCUACUCCACUUAGUAGUGAUGACAACAAUCCACUCUUUGCUGACCUGGCACGUGUCAACCUGCUGCCUACGGUGAAAAUGCUCUGCGACUGGCUCCUGGGACGCACCGAUCUCAUUGGACCUUGCACACAGGCCAGGACACCUUUGUGGCAGCACUUGGCCUCCCUCUUCAACUUGAUACUGCCAUUCAUCCCACCAUCCUAUCCUGUUGAGAUGACACUACCGGACACGCCAACCAUGUGCCCAUUGCCAGAAGACAUCUGCCUGCAAGGAACUGCAGCACUGUCUGCAGCUCAGAACAAGAUCAACUGGGAGUUGAGGGUAGAACACGGUGAGGAGUGCCAGCUACGUCUCGUGUACCUGGUGCGCUUUGGGCAGUGGCUAUCCGAGAGACCAGGAUCCGGGUUGCAAUAUAGCCAUGGCCAGUUUCAGCCCAAGGUGCCUACGAUGACCAAUGGGACCUCAUCACCUAUGUCAUUAAGCAAUGAUGUCUUCCUCGUGAGUGGUGAGGGAGGAGGGGGUGAUGAGGAGCGCAAGCGGGUGAUGCGCAGCAUGGCCCACUUAUGGCUGGAGCAAGAGGUGCGGGACCUGGAGGGACAGCUAGGCCAGGCAGGCAGGCAGGCCGCACCACCGCCCUUCCUGGUGCCACACACACAGGUGCUCUGCACACGCCUGGUCCACCUGCGACGCCUGGUGGCCUCCAGGCGCUUUGUGCUUGUUGUGCCGUCACAUGUGAUCUCAAGUCUGGACCUGCUGAAACGGGAAAGCGUUGGAGCCCGUGAGUCAAUCCGCUGGCUGGAAGGGGAGUUGCGCAGAGGAAGCAGGUACGUGCGUUCUCAAAAGAGCCAUGAACGCCUCUCGCUGUCUCCCAUGAAGUACCCAAAGCGCAAGGAGAAGGAAGCCUGGGAGCUGUUCCAGAUCCUCGAGUGCUGUCACCACCUGGAGCGGCAGUGCCCCAGGGGUGGGCACCCAGCCGACCGGCCCAUGGUCACACUGCUCGUCUGCUCUGGACCACCUGGGGCUGCAGGCGGCCUGCCUCCCAAUGCAACUGCACUCGCACAUUCUGCAGGCAUCAACAUGGAGGAUGUGGAAGCAUUCACCACCAAGUGGCUGGCAGUGAGUGUGCCCAGAACACAACCUGGGUGAGAGACCGUGAGGAAUGACCCCUGAGCACCUCGUACAUGGAUUGACAGUGGAUCCCGUUGGAGGCGAGAAAUGGGCCCCUUGACCACCCCUGCAGGCACACCGCUUUCAUUUGCAGCAAGUACGGGAAUCCUAAGCAACGAGUUUUGCAUCACGAGAUCGCCGCGGUAGCUUCUGGUGAGGCAUCGGCAGAGAUGCUGACGAAAAGUUUGGCUGGUCACCCUAGGAAUUCAAUGCCAUUCUCAGCUAAGUGGCUGGCGCAGGAGAUAAAAGCUGUUCCUCAGGUGAUAGGAGGCUGAAUACACCAUUUGUCAAAGCAGUCGGCAGUGCAGUUUGGGCUGGUCAUUGAUUUGGCACGAUAGUACCGACUUGGACAGUAAGCUUGGCAGUGAGCUUUCUUUUUGCAGUGUCUCCAGUUUUGCGCACUUUAUGUGCACAUAGCAUGGCAGUUAGGUCUGGGCUGGCUCAUGGUUUAGUAUAUGACAUGCUCAAGCAAACUUGCUUCAUUUGCUGAAAUAAGCACUGGCAUUACUAAUUGUUUUUCAGUAAAAUACUGGCAUAGUUUCCUUUCCAUUUAUUUUUUUCUUGCUUUGCUUUGCUAAGAUUUAGCAAGCUGUCAAAUGAUACAGGUUUAGCAGCGUGAACUAAAAUUUUUUGUGUUACUUGCAAAACAAACAUAAAAUAUAUUGUAGCUGCUGACAUUCAUAUGUCAUAAGCAAGAUUUCAAGUUCAUUACUAUUUGGGUGACUUGUUUCUUUUUGUUGCAGGGUUGUUACCCAUUGCAUUUUAAUCCCAGCAGACCGAUAGAUGCAAGCUGCAUUGAACAGCAUAUCACUGUCAUGUGUUUUACCAGCUGUCAAGUAACCCUGCACAUGGCUUCAAAGAUUUUAUUUUCAAAAGAUUGCACAAAAAACAGCAUACAAUUGAAAUAAGUAAACAUUGUUCAUGUGUCUUGUAUAACAUCAUUGAAGCUAAUUGUAGCUUCAUCAUCGGCAUUAUGUCUGCUUGGUAAUUUAUUUUCCAGAGUAGGCAGACUGGCCAACACAAUUUCAAUGGGCCACUGUGCCCUGCUUGAUUUUUAAUGUUACACUAUCAGUUGCCUUCUACAGACCAUGUACUUUGUUUGGUUCUGUGUAGACCAGCGAUCUGCUGAAUGCUCUGCAUAUGCUGUCCAACAUCUGCGACGCCUCCAGAUAACGCGGCAACCAGUCACUUUUUUUUUUUUUCUGUUUAUUUUUCUUGUCUAGUACAGUUUAUACUGGUCAAGUUAUUGCAGCAUCUUGUUUGUUUGUGUUUACAGAUGCCAGAGUAUGCAGAAUUGUACUUGAUACCUGUCAAAACAGUGUACUUGUUGAAAUCAGUGCCAUUCAAAGCGGGGUAUUGUUCAUUUGAAAUAAAGAUAUUUUGAGUUGGCA